ACGUGUGGUCCCGUGAUAGGUGGCCACCUGGGCAAUAAGUCCAUCCGGGACAUUUCCUGGCUACUAAAUAUUCCACGCUCAACUGUUAGUGGGAUUAUAACAAAGUGGAAGCAACUGGGAACAACAGCCACCCAGCCACCAAGUGGUAGGCCACGUCACAUGACAGGGCGGGGUCAGUGCAUGCUGAAGCGCACAGUGCGCAGAAGUCACCAACUGUCUGCAGAGUCAAUAACUAAAGACCUCCAAACUUGGUGUGGCCUUCAGAUGAGCCCAACAACAUUAAGGGAACUCUUCAGGUGACAAUAUGAUGGCCCCUUCCUGUUCCAACAUGACUGCCCACCAGUG